AAAAAAAAAAAAACAACAACAUUAGUGAGCAACAAUUGUAGUUAAAGCAAGGGAAAUGGCAACAAUUUUCUAUGCCGAACCCGAAUUGGUCAUUGGCCACAAUCGCAAGAUUUUAUUUGUGAAUCCAAACGAUUUGCAAAUCUUUAAGGAAAUUGAAUUGCCCACAGAUUUACUCAGUUCUUGUGGUUUAAAGUCGUCGUCGACGUCAACCGCAGAGCAACAGUCUGCAGCGGCCGAGACAGGCGGCGGCAGCGUGGUUGAAGGCGAGGAGCCGAAAGAUACAAAAACUAUAGAAGCUGGAGCCAGUGCAUCAGCUCCAACGGUUUCCGUACAAAAUGUUAGCUACUCACCGGAUCGCCAAUUAUUGGCCGUAACCACAGCCGGACAAAAAGCUCUCGUGCUCUACAAAUGCCGGCCGGAACAUGCCCAGCUGGUAUCCGUGCGGGCUCUGGCUCGUGCUUCCAGCGCCAUACGUUUUGCGGCCGACAGCAGUUCCGUUCUGGUCACCGAUAAAACCGGAGAUUGCUAUCAAUAUGAUUGUAUAGAAACGGAAGCCCUGCCACGUUUACUGCUGGGCCAUUUGAGUAUUGUGUAUGACAUCUUGUGGACGGGAGAUCAGCAGCACAUUAUCACUAGCGAUCGGGAUGACAAGAUACGUGUUACCAAUUAUCCCGCCACUUUCGAUAUACAUAGCUAUUGCCUGGGCCACAAAGAAUUCGUCUCGGGCCUGGCCUUGCUUUCCGACGAGCACAUUUGCUCGGUUUCCGGGGACAAGACGCUUCGCGUAUGGAAUUUUAAGGCAGGCAAAGAAUUGCUGCGUACUGAUCUGCCCGCCCCAGCAGUGCGCCUUCAUCAUCGCCAGUUACCUCAAAAAUCGGAUGGCGAUAAUGCGGACAACUUGCAACGACAUCAGUUGGGCAUACUCUUCUACGAUCAUGUGGAUGCAGUUGGCCUCUAUGAGCUAGAGGGCAACGGGGAUGUCUGGUCUGUCACAGUUAGCCAACAAAUUCGAGCCGAUGCUGGCAGCUGGAACAUUUGCAAUUUCGCUUUAACCGAAGAACGUGUUUAUGUUAUGGGAGCCAAAGAUGAGCGUCUGACAUUCCGUUGCUAUAAUUCCAGCAAUGGGGAACCCAUCACCAGCCAAUUGCCCGAAGGUUGGUUAACCAUGAUAUUAGAUCAGUUUCCCGGUGAUGCUGGCUCCUGCCUACCGGAAGAUCUAUCCGUUUGGUUUAAGAAACGUUUCGACAAUGUCAGCGACUACUUGGAGCGAAAGAAACGGCGCAUCGAGGAGCAGCAACAGCAGCACAAAUGUUGAUUACAAACUACUACGCUUAAUUUUAUCUAGCAUUUAACAUUUUUUAGUGUACAUGUAUGCAACCAAAGCGCGAGACACGAGAGAGAGUGAUGGACUCUUAAGAAAUGUAUGACACCAAGAGGAAAACUAAAAACUCCAAAAUAUACAUAUAUACUUAUAGUAAACAUACAAUAAAUGUA